GUACAGAAACCCUGGGCUGCUGGCAUCAGGCAGCUCUCCAUGCAGGCAGCCACUGCCGCCACAGGCAGGCCUUAGGCUCCAAGGCUGCAGCAUGUGCUAGACCUCGGCAGGCAGGAGCAUCUCUGCCUCGCAAACAUCUACCUCUUAGUACCUCAGAGAGAUGGCCAUGGAUGUCACAAAGAACCAGGACCAGACAGUCUUGACUCUGGUGGAGCAGAUCCUGGCAGAGUUCCAGCUGCAGGAGGAGGACCUGAAAAAGGUGAUGAGGCGGAUGCAGAAGGAGAUGGACCGUGGCCUGAGGCUGGAGACCCAUGAGGAGGCCAGUGUGAAGAUGCUGCCCACCUAUGUGCGCUCCACCCCAGAAGGCUCAGAAGUCGGGGACUUCCUCUCUCUGGACCUGGGUGGCACCAACUUCAGGGUAAUGCUGGUGAAGGUGGGAGAAGGUGAGGAGGGGCAGUGGAGCGUGAAGACCAAACACCAGAUGUACUCCAUCCCCGAGGACGCCAUGACCGGCACUGCUGAGAUGCUCUUUGACUACAUCUCCGAGUGCAUCUCCGACUUCCUGGAUAAGCAUCAGAUGAAGCACAAGAAGCUGCCCCUAGGCUUCACCUUCUCCUUUCCCGUGAGGCACGAAGACAUCGACAAGGGCAUCCUUCUCAACUGGACCAAGGGCUUCAAGGCCUCAGGAGCAGAAGGGAACAACGUCGUGGGGCUUCUGCGAGACGCUAUCAAACGGAGAGGGGACUUCGAAAUGGAUGUGGUGGCGAUGGUGAACGACACAGUGGCCACGAUGAUCUCCUGCUACUACGAAGACCAUCAGUGUGAGGUCGGCAUGAUCGUGGGCACGGGCUGCAAUGCCUGCUACAUGGAGGAGAUGCAGAACGUGGAGCUGGUGGAGGGGGACGAGGGCCGCAUGUGCGUCAACACCGAGUGGGGUGCCUUCGGGGAUUCCGGCGAGCUGGACGAGUUCCUGCUGGAGUAUGACCGCCUGGUGGACGAGAGCUCUGCAAACCCCGGUCAGCAGCUGUAUGAGAAGCUCAUAGGCGGCAAGUACAUGGGCGAGCUGGUGCGGCUGGUGCUGCUCAGGCUUGUGGACGAAAACCUGCUCUUCCACGGGGAGGCCUCGGAGCAGCUGCGCACACGCGGAGCCUUCGAGACGCGCUUCGUGUCGCAGGUGGAGAGCGACACGGGCGACCGCAAGCAGAUCUACAACAUCCUGAGCACGCUGGGGCUGCGACCCUCGGCCACCGACUGCGACAUCGUGCGCCGAGCCUGUGAGAGCGUGUCUACGCGCGCGGCGCACAUGUGCUCGGCGGGGCUGGCGGGCGUCAUCAACCGCAUGCGGGAGAGCCGUAGCGAGGACGUGAUGCGCAUCACCGUGGGCGUGGACGGCUCAGUGUACAAGCUGCACCCCAGCUUCAAGGAUCGGUUCCAUGCCAGCGUGCGCCGGCUGACGCCCAGCUGCGAGAUCACCUUCAUCGAGUCGGAGGAGGGCAGUGGCCGGGGCGCGGCCCUGGUCUCAGCGGUGGCCUGUAAGAAGGCCUCUAUGCUGGGCCAGUGAGAGCAGAGGCCAGCACAGGGAGGAUGCCACAGUCGACGGCACCCCGGAUCCACGGGGGAAGUGCUCCCCACACGUGCUCCCAGCCUGACAGGGCAGGAGGCCGGGCCUUGUAAAGACCCUGGCCGCCUGCCAUCCCGCUAGGGAACCCUCGGUCAUUCGGUGGGACAGCCCCAGAGCCCUAACAGGGGUGCGGCAGGAGCAGGGACAGAGACUCUGGAAGCCCCCCACCUUUCUUUCUGGAAUCAACUUCGCAGGAGGGAGUUGCUCACUCAGGACUUUGUUUCAUUUCCACACUGUCAGAGCUGUUGCCUCGCCUGGGCCGGGCUCUGAGAAGGGAGUGCCCUCUGGACCCUGCUAUGGCCUGACUUCCCUGAGAACUCAUCCUGUGUGGAGAGGCAGCUCCAACAGCUUGACCAGACCUAGACCUGGGCCAACAGGGCAGCCAGGGGCUGCUGAUCAAGCAGUCCUGGCCGUUUUCUUGCCUGAGGCUCAAGAGGCCCAGGGAGCAAUGGGAGAGGGCUGCAUGGAGGAGGCGUCCCAAGCUGUGAUUACCCCCAGAGACCUUUUCUCUCCCAUACCCCCAUCGCUGAGUGGCUUGUGGCUCUGGAAUGGACCCUCACAGCAGGUGCAAGAGACAGAGCCCCCAAGCCCCUGGCCCAAGGGGCCCAUGAAGGGGAAAAGGGCCAGCCCUGCAUCUUCAGCUCCCACAGCACUGGCUCAGGAAGAAAACCCAAGCAGCGUUCAGCACACCCCAAGGGACCACCCAGACCCCAUCAUAUGACAUGCCACCCUCUCCAUGCCCAACCUGAGACUGCGUGGGUUUUUUAAUUAAAAAUUUUAAAAGUUUUAAAACAUG